ACAUUAUCAGUAAUAUAUGGAUAGAUCGGACAGUCAGGUCUUUUUGAACGAUGUCAGAGUGGAUUUGUGUCACUGUGACGACGCUUUUGACUACUGGGGAAAGGGAACGACGGUCACCGUUACUUCUGCAGUGCAAGGCCCCCCGCAGUCCCUGUUUCCCGUGUGGCAGUGCGGCUCGGCCUCAGACGGUUUAAUCACUCUUGGCUGCGUCACGCGCGAUUUGGCCUCCGCCGACGGACUGAUCUUCAAAUGGGCGGAUGAGAAAGGAAGCGCGCUGACUGACGUCGUGCAAUACCCGGCGGUGCGCGGGAGCGGAGGGUUCACCUCGGUGAGCCAGGUGCGCGUCAAGGCUUCCGACUGGACCCAGAGCAAGAAGUUCACGUGCCGAGUCGAGAAUGCCAAAGGAUACAAAGAAGCGCUCUUGCAAAAGAAAGUUGUGCCCGAGCUCCCUGCAUCUCUGCUUCUAACAACUCCAACCCAAACAGAAAUAGACAAUGGAACAGCUACCUUCAUCUGCUUAGCUACACAAUUUUCCCCUAAAACACACACAUUUAAGUGGACUCGUGGCAGCACGGAACUCGGUAAUAAGGUCAAACACACCAUAUUAAGCCCGGAUAAAGAUGCUUACACUGCUGUAAGUAUUUUGGAAAUCAGCGCCAAUGAAUGGACGGGUUCAUCAUCUCCAGUUAAGUGCGAAUUCCACCAGAAGAAAUGGACUGCGGCCAAAGAGGCGAUUUAUGUGUCAGUUGACUCAAAACCACCACAGGUGAAAAUAAUCCCACCUUGCGCCAGGGACAUGCUGCUCAAAAGAGCUGGCCAGCUCGAGUGCAGGGCCGAAGGACAGGUGGGCUUCAAGGGCAUUAAAUGGCUUAUUGGCGGUACAGAGAUCUCUUCCCUAGCGGAAAAAGACGUAUCUACGGAAACCACGGUCACACUCACGACCCCGAUCAGUUUCGAUGAGUGGAGCGAUGGCACCAAAUUCACCUGCGAAGUGGAACAUUCAGCAUUCGCCCUCCAGUAUGAAACAGUAGACUACCAAAGAGUAAAUGGCAAAAAGGAAUGCCCCAAGGUUUACUUGCUCGCUCCACCAGAGAGCUCAGGUGAAUCGGUGACCCUGACUUGCUAUGUAAAAGACUUCUACCCUAAGGAGGUGGCUGUGUCUUGGCUUGUUAACGAUGAACAAGUGGACGAUGAGGGCGGCUAUGAGCAGAACACCACUAGAGUUAUCGAGAGAGGCAACCUCUUUUCAGUGUACAGCCAGCUGAUUGUGAAAACUGCAGAAUGGAAGAGUGGCGCCGUGUACAGCUGCAGGGUUUAUCACGAGUCCAUCGAGGACCCUGUGCGCCUCAUAUCCAGAUCCAUCACUAUCACUUCAAAUCCACCCACCUUAGUGAAUCUCAGCCUGAACGUUCCACAAACCUGCCAUACGUUUUAUUGCCUGAUGUUGACAGAGCUCUUCCACCAUGAGGCGGAGAUGAUGGAUGAUGAUAGCAUGGCAAACACUGCCUUAACAUUUGUAUUUCUCUUCCUCAUCACCCUCUUCUACAGCAUCGGAGUGACUGUUAUCAAGUUUCUAGCUCAGCGUGUGGCUGAGCCCAGAAUCACCAUCAGUAUCAAGACAACAGACAAGGAUGUUGAUCUGCUUUGUUGGUUGGAUGGUUUUCAUCCUAAAAAAAUUGAUGUUCAGUGGUACAAGGGUGAUCAGGUGCUCAGACAGGGAGAAACCAUCAAGAUAUUCGAAGAUGUCAGCACUGGAGAAAAGGUGUAUUCCACAAUGAGCCAAAUCAGGAUUAAUGCACAGCAAUGGAAUGAAGGCACAGUGUUCGCCUGUAAGGCCACACACAACUCCAAGACCUUCAGUGAAACAUGGAGCAAGUGCCAAGCUGCUCCCACAUCCACACCACAGAUACGUCUGGAGAAACCUCGUCUCAUGUCAGUAUUGACAGAUUCACAAGUAACAGCCUCCUGUGUUGUUGAAACUGAGUACACCAUCACCAAAGUGUCAUGGCUUGUAGAUGGAAAGCCAAAAACAGGCACAGCCAUCUCGACGAGACUGGGCGAGACUGUUAGCAACCUGACUAUCUCUACAGAAGAAUGGAAAAACUCGGGGACAAUAAAAUGCACAGCUGAACAUCUAUGUUUCGGCAAAGUAGAGAAGAUGAUUGAUAUUAUAGAACCUGUGAAGAAAACUCCUACAGUGGAAAUCAGGAGGAUUCUUGCAGACAUACCGAAGGGACACAGUGCAGUGCUGGAGUGUGUCGGAAGAGAUCUGCCCUCUGGUGAGCUCUCUGUCACCUUCCAGGCCAAUGAAACCAUGUUCCCUGACGUUCAGUACGUGGAUCUGCCCAAAGGCCUGGACACAGUUACUGUACGCUUCACUGUUCCCAAAACACACCAAACCAAAGACAAACGUUUCACCUGUCAGAUUCAGCAAAGCCAUUCCAUGCAGUGGAAGUCCAAUUCUACAGGAAAACUUUUUGAUGACCCUUCAGUGGAACUUUCAGCUGUUUCCAGCAUUGACAAAUCCAGAUCGAUGACAAAAAAACUUAUUUGUUUUGGAACUGGAUUUAACCCAAAGAUCAAGUGGCUCCCUGAAUCUUUGAACAAUCCUCCCUAUGAAGCAACGAUGCAAGCAGAUGGACGUGUGAAAGUGUCCAGUGAGAUAUCAGUUCCUCAACAGGAGUGGAGUAAUGGAGUGGAAUUUAAGUGUGAGGUCAGUGAUCAAGAUCAUCCCAAACCUGUCCAGAAGAGCACCAGUGUUUGUACAGCUCAUUCAAAUUCCAAACCACAGAUACGUCUGGAGAAGCCACAUCUCAUGUCAGUAUUGACAGAUUCACAAGUAACAGCCUCCUGUGUUGUUGAAACUGAGUACAACACCAAAGUGUCAUGGCUUGUACACGGAAAGCGAAAAACAGGCACAGCCAUCUCGACAAGACUGGGCGAGACCGUCAGCAACCUGACUAUCUCUACAGAAGAAUGGAAAAACUUGCAGACAAUAAAAUGCACGGCUGAACAUCUAUGUUUCGACAAAGUAGAGAAGACGUUUAAUAUUAUAGAACCUGUGAAGAAAACUCCUACAGUGGAGAUCAGGCGGAUUCUUGCAGACAUACUGAAAGGACACAGUGCAGUGCUGGAGUGUGUCGGAAGAGAUCUGCCCUCUGGUGAGCUCUCUGUCACCUUCCAGGCCAAUGAAGAAACGUUCCCUGACGUUCAGUACGUGGAUCUGCCCAAAGGCCUGGACACACUGAUUGUACGUGUCACUGUUCCCAAAACACACCAAACCAAAGACAAACAUUUCACCUGUCAGAUUCAGCAAAGCCAUUCCAUGCAGUGGAAGUCCAAUUCUACAGGAAAACUUUUUGGUGACCCUUCAGUGGAACUUUCAGUUGUUUCCAGUGUGGCUCAAUCUGCAUCAACGACACAAAAACUUCUUUGCUCUGGAACUGGACUUAACCCAGAGAUCAAGUGGCUCCCUGAAUCUGUGGGUAACACUCAGAGGAAAGUAAUAGUGGAAGGUGAUGGACGUGUGAAAAUGUCCAGUGAGCUAUCGGUUCCACAGCAAGAGUGGAAUAGCGGAGUUAAAUUUACCUGUCAAGUCAGCGAUCAGGAUCCUCUCAAACCUGCCGAGAAGAGCACCGAUGUUUGUGCAGUGACUCCAGCUUUUGCUCAGACAGCACAGGUUUUCCUGUUAGCUCCCUCCAUCAGUGAUAUGAGAGCAAAUGAUCAGGUCUCUGUCACCUGUCUGCUGGUGGGCCACAGGCUCAAGGACUUCUCGAUUAUUUGGAAAGUAGGAAAGGACAGUUCCUCUCACGGUGUGACCACACACUCUCCCAAAGCCCACAGUAAUGGAACAGAGAGUCUCCAAAGUGUUCAAAAGGUUCCAGCUGCAAUGUGGAACGCAUACACAAGUGUCUCCUGUGAGGUGAAACACCUCUGCUCCAACAAAACACAGCAACAUAUCAUCUCUAAAACCAGAGAAGUCAAAAGUCCCACCAUCCGAAUUUUCAUUCCCAGUGACGACGAUCUCUCAGGAUUUCACAACACAUCUCUUCUCUGCUUGAUUGACGGCUUCCACCCUGCUGAUAUCUCUGUGCACUGGGAGCUGAACGGCAAACGGCUGGAUGCGUCUCGCUUCACCAACAGUCCAGUCGGCAUUCGCUCUGCAUGGGGUGGUUAUUCCAUGCACAGUGCACUGAUAUUACUAGCAUCAAAAAGGGAAGAUGGCAAUUUUUCCUGUGUGGUCAGCCAUGAGUCAUCCAAAGAGCUGAUCAUCAGCACAAUAGACAACAUAUACGCCUCUGUGAAUGAAUGUCCUCCCUCUGUGGAGCUGCUGCAGGGUCAAGAUGAGCUGGUGUGUCUGGUGUACGGUUACAGCCCCUCAGCAAUUAACAUCACCUGGCUCCAAAACAGUGUGAGUGUACAGCAUGAGCAUAGAACCAGCAGCUCUGCCAAAGGGUCGGAUGGGAAAUUCAGCAUUAAAAGCCACCUGACUGUCAAAGCCUCUGAAUGGGCACCUGGAGCCACAUACACGUGCCAUGUCGAGCAUAUUACUGGCGUCGUCACUCGCAGCAUCUCCAAAACAGAAUUUAUUGAAAAGACGAUAUACUUUGAUGAGAACAAGUCUGAUGCUAGCACUCUGGACCAGGCUGAGGAAACCUGGAACAUGGCCUGUGCCUUCAUCAUACUCUUCAUCAUCUCUCUCCUCUAUGGCUGUUCAGUGACUCUGGUCAAAGUGUAAACUGCUUGAUCAGCUGUUUAGGGCACCUUUUAGAGUUUAGAUUAAGACUUAUAUAAUGCUUUAUUGCUGUAUUGUAUUUGUUUGAAUAAAAAAAAAUCAAUUCUUAAUGACUUUUUUAAAUUGAUAGCUGCAAGUGAGUAAAAAGUCUUAUGAGUCUUUUUUGAGUCUUAUUCAUAUGAAGGAUAUAUAUUCAAAACCAUUCCUUAAUUUGAAUUAUGUUUGAAUUAUCAAUGUUUUUUUUAGUCUAUUGUUAACAGCAGUGCCAGUGUGGUUUUGAUUAUUAAUUCACUAUUUCACCAGAAGAUGUUAAAAUAAUAAAUGAACAAAUGAAAUAAAAUUCAUAUACAGACUCCCUGAGAA